UUGCUUCGCCAAAAAUAUUCCGCUCGGUGGAUGGUCGUGUGUUCGGCCAAAUAAUUAUAAAUUUAUUAAGUAAUAUUUAAUUGUGCAGUGAUCAAAUUUAAUAAAAAUCGAUGCUGCCUAAAUUUAUUUAAUUCUAAAAUUAAGCUUUAAUAUUUUUAUUGGUAUCAUAUUUGGGGUCCGGCAACCAUGGCUCACUGUAUGAGAGUUUUGCAUGGCCAGGGUGGCAGGACGAGAACCGUUCUCUUGGAGAUCCAGCAAAGAUGCUUCAGCGUCUCCCCGCUUACCGCCGCAGCGGCCCAGGUCGCCAUGUCGAAGUUCGACAAGGCUCCCUUGCCUUACGACAAGUUGACGAAGAAUUUGGAGGUGGUUAAGAAACGGUUAGGUCGGGACAUGACCUUGUCUGAAAAAGUUUUAUACUCUCAUCUCGAUGACCCUAAAGGACAGGAAAUCGAAAGAGGCACCAGCUACCUCCGCCUCCGUCCUGACCGAGUAGCUAUGCAGGAUGCCACCGCUCAGAUGGCUAUGUUGCAAUUCAUCUCCUCCGGUCUACCGAGGGUAGCCGUGCCUUCCACCAUCCACUGUGACCACUUGAUUGAAGCUCAGAUUGGCGGUGAAAAGGAUUUGGCCAGGGCUAAGGACAUCAACAAAGAAGUAUACAAGUUCCUGGAGACGGCGGGAGCCAAGUACGGAGUGGGCUUCUGGAAGCCAGGCUCUGGUAUCAUCCACCAGAUCAUCCUGGAGAACUACGCUUUCCCCGGCCUGCUGAUGAUCGGUACCGACUCGCACACACCCAAUGGUGGUGGUCUCGGAGGAUUGUGUAUUGGUGUCGGUGGAGCUGAUGCUGUGGACGUGAUGGCCGACAUCCCCUGGGAGCUAAAAUGCCCUAAGGUCAUCGGAGUCAAGCUCACUGGCAAGCUCUCCGGCUGGACGAGCCCCAAGGACGUGAUCCUGAAGGUGGCCGGCAUCCUCACCGUGAAGGGCGGCACUGGCGCGAUAGUGGAGUACCACGGGCCCGGCGUCGACUCCAUCUCGUGCACCGGCAUGGCCACCAUCUGCAACAUGGGCGCUGAGAUCGGCGCUACCACCAGUGUGUUCCCAUACAACUCCCGUAUGGAGGCGUACCUCAAGUCGACCGGCCGCCAGAGCGUCGCCUCCGCCGCUAACUCGUACAAACACUUGCUGACACCCGACCCUAAGGCACCUUAUGACCAGCUCAUUGAAAUCGACCUAUCCACGCUGGAGCCGCACGUGAACGGUCCCUUCACGCCGGACCUCGCCAACCCGAUCUCGAAGCUGGGAGAGGCCGCCAAGAAGAACGACUGGCCGAUGGACAUCCGCGUCGGUCUCAUCGGCUCCUGCACCAACUCCUCGUACGAGGACAUGGGCAGGUGCGCCAGCAUCGUCAAGGAGGCCAUCAAGCACGGGCUGAAGUCCAAGAUCCCGUUCAACGUGACGCCGGGCUCGGAGCAGGUGCGCGCCACCAUCGAGCGGGACGGCAUCGCGCAGACGCUCAGGGACUUCGGCGGCACCGUGCUGGCGAACGCGUGCGGGCCGUGCAUCGGGCAGUGGGACCGGCAGGACGUGAAGAAGGGCGAGAAGAACACGAUAGUGACCUCGUACAACCGCAACUUCACCGGCCGCAACGACGCCAACCCCGCCACGCACUGCUUCGUCACCAGCCCCGAGCUCGUCACCGCGCUCUCCAUCGCCGGUCGCCUCGACUUCAACCCGGUGACGGACGAGCUGCAGGGGUCGGACGGCAAGAAGUUCAAGCUGUCGGACCCGUUCGGGGACGAGCUGCCCACCAAGGGGUUCGACCCCGGCCAGGACACAUAUGAGCACCCGCCCGCUGAUGGCAGCAAGGUGAAGGUGGACGUGUCGCCGACAUCCGACCGCCUCCAGCUGCUGGAGCCGUUCGACAAGUGGAACGGCAAGGACCUCACCGACCUCACGAUCCUCAUCAAGGUGAAGGGCAAAUGCACCACCGACCACAUCUCCGCGGCUGGACCCUGGCUCAAGUACCGAGGGCACCUGGAUAACAUCUCCAAUAACAUGUUUAUCACCGCGACGAACGCGGAGAACGGCGAGCUGAACAAGGUGCGCAACCAGCUGUCGGGCGAGUGGGGGCCCGUGCCCGCCACCGCGCGCGCCUACAAGGCGGCCGGCGCGCCCUGGUGCGUCGUCGGCGACGAGAACUACGGCGAGGGCUCCUCGCGCGAGCACGCCGCGCUCGAGCCGCGCCACCUCGGCGGCCGCGCCAUCAUCGUCAAGUCGUUCGCGCGCAUCCACGAGACGAACCUCAAGAAGCAGGGCCUGCUGCCGCUCACGUUCGCGAACCCGGCCGACUACGACAAGAUCCAGCCCACCGACAAGAUCUCGCUCUUGGGGCUCAGCGGCCUCGCGCCCGGCAAGCCUGUUGACUGCGAGAUCAAGCACAAGGACGGCAGCACGGAGCGCAUCAAGCUGAACCACUCACUGAACGAACAGCAGAUCUCGUGGUUCCGCGCGGGCUCCGCCCUCAACAGGAUGAAGGAGCUCGCCGCCAAGUGAGAUGCGCCCCUCGCCCUUCGCCCCACGAGAAUCAACUUGUAGGCAGCAAUUUAGGUUAUGAAAAUCGCCUUCACUUCGAAUUUCAAAUCUGUCACUUUUGCCGCGAAAUUAAACGUCAAACUUAGACAAUACAGAUAAUUAAAAGUUAUUCUAGUUUUAAAGUGAUAUGAUAUCGUUGAAAUUGUUACCGAUUUUAGUACAAUUUUUCUAUGGUAGUGCAUUUUUAAAUAUUGUCGCGGCGUCUGAAUCUUACUUAGAGUUGUAGAGUCAUAGAUGCGUAUAGUGUUAAGUUCGAACGUUUCUUCGAUGUAUUAUUAUAAAUCAGUAAUUAUGUAAGCGAAGUUAUUUUAUUUAUGUACAUAAUUAUUAAAAAAAUAAAAUACGUACGUAA